AUGGCUUCGAGACAGAACAAGAGAACUGCGCUGUUCGAUGCCCCACCAAGGGUAGCAUCACCGUACGACAAGCCUGAACAGCGAGACUACUCGGCUUCGAGGAUUGCACAGAUGGAGUCUCAGAGUGAAGAACAGACCAAUGUAAUGGCCCAAAAGAUCUCACAGUUGAAGGAUCUGAGCUUAAAGAUGGGCGAGGAGAUUAGGAGCUCCAACAAGGUGCUGGAUCAAGUUGGAAACCAAUUCGAACAACUCCAGGGCACCUUGAAGAGAACGUGGAAUAGAAUGUUGGUUAUGGCUCAAAGAUCAGGAAUCCCGUAUAAGGUAUGGCUAGGGUUCUUCGCAGUGCUGUUUCUAAUGUUCUGGUACGUUUGGUGGACAUAG